AUGGCCUCUCCAUUAAAUCAAUCUUCAAAUGGCGAAGGUGCGACAAAGCAACUAUGUUCCUGGAUCAGUCGUCUAUCACUCGAUGAUAUCCCCGAGCAAGUGAAAACGCGGGCCAAAUACUUGAUAUUAGAUGGGCUCUGCUGCGCGCUCGUCGGUGCUCACCUUCCGUGGGUCGAGAAAGCCACAAAAGCUGUAUUCGCAAUAGAGCCAGCUGGUGAUUGUCUUGUGUGGGGGCAUGACAAGAAAGUGGGAGCUUUGCCAGCAGCUCUUCUAAACAGUGCCGAAAUUCAAUCCUUUGAGCUGGACGACUGGCAUGCACUCGCGCCCCUCCAUUCCAAUUCCAUUCUGCUACCUGCAAUAUUCGCAGCUGCGAGACAGAAAAAAGCCAAUGGCUCGGCCACAUUCAACGGUAAAUCUUUCUUACUUGCGACCAUCACCGGUUAUGAGAUAGGGCCUCGCGUCGGUCUGUGCCUGUAUGGAAGCCACAUGCUCACAAGAGGCUGGCACUCGGGCACCACAUUCGGACACGCUGCUUCCGCGGGCGCAGUCAGUAAAUUACUCGAGCUUGAACAAGAUUCCAUCGAGGAUGCGCUCGGUAUCGCCUGCACACAAGCUUGUGGCCUGAUGGCAGCUCAGUUCGGGAGUGACGUGAAGCGCAUGCAACAUGGAUUUGCUGCCCGCAAUGGACUCUUUGCCGCUCUGCUGGCAGAGGGAGGGUAUACAGGCAUCAAGGAUGUGUUCGAAGCGCCAUAUGGCGGAUACUUGGCAGUAUUUGGGCAGGGUUCUGGCAAGGAACCUCCAUAUCUGGUCGACGAAUUGACCAAGGGGCUCGGCCAAAUAUGGCAGUCGGAAUAUAUCCGAGUCAAGUCUCAUGCUUCCAUGGCGGGAACGCAUUGCACCAUUGACACAAUUGAAGCGCUACAAAAGCAGCACGGAGACAAACUGUCUGACCUCAAAAACAUUACACGCAUCGAGAUCGAGAUGUCUGAGGCGGCUUUCAAGCACGGAGGAUGGAAGGCUCGCCGGCCUCUUACGGCGCUUGGCGCGCAGAUGAGUUGUCCAUACGUCGCAGCUGUCCAACUUGUGGAUGGGCAGGUCACACCACAAGAAUUUCACCACGGUCUGCUGGAUCGAGACAUUAUCUGGGAAUUAGUUUAUAAAACAGAGUGCUUCCAUAGCCCCCAGCUGGGCGAGAGAUAUGAGCAACGCGUCACCAUCACGGUUGCAAAUGGCGACUCCAUCAGUGAAACUUUGAGUGCUCCCAGAGAUGUGGAUCCUGGUCUGUCAAAUGAGGAAAUCUUGGACAAAUUCAGGCGGUUCACCUCGGAGGUCAUCGACGAUCAGAGAAGGGACAUGAUCCAGAAGCUGGUGUUGGGCUUGGAAGACAUCAACGAUAUCUGUGCAUUGGAAGAUCUGCUUGCUGGCCCCACGUUGAACCCCAUCGCGUAA